AUGAAUCCCAAGGAUGUAGACAAAAAACUCUCUGAAUUUGAAAUUGCUAUCUCGCAAGCAUUUAUUCGGUUUGAAGUGCGUGGGAAAAAAGGAAGAAAAGUUCCAGUUAUAUUGUACCCAAAACUAAUUGAAGCAUACGACAUCUUACUGCUUUAUAGAUACCACGUUGGUAUACCAAAAGAAAAUGAUUAUUUCUUCGCUUUACCUCCACUGUCUCACUUUCGUGGCAGUGAUGUAAUGAGAACAUUUGCUAUAUCAUCAGGAGCUAAACAUCCGGAAAAUCUUACUUCCACAAAAUUGAGAAAAAAUGUUGCAACAAUGUCACAAAUAUUAAAUUUGACAAAUAACGAGCUAGAUCAGUUGGCUACAUUUAUGGGUCACGAUAUACGGGUUCACCGAGAAUACUAUAGAUUGCCGGAAUCUACUGUCCAGUUGGCUAAAAUAAGCAAAAUAUUGAUAGCAUCAGAAAAAGAAAAAUUACACAACUUUAAGGGGAAGAACUUAGACGAAAUAAAUAUAAAUACCAAUAAAAUUUCCGAUGAUGAUGAAAGUACGAAUAGUGAAACUGAAACAAAUGUACUCGAUCUACCUGCCCAAACUUUUCAAGAAGACAUGCACGAAGACCACUCUGAUUGUAACGAAGAACACCCUGAAAAUAACAAAACAUCAUCAAAGAAAAAGUCCAGAAAGAAGAAAGUAACAACUGCUACAACAUCGAAAAAGAAGAUAUGGACUGCAGAGGAAAAAAAUGUAGUAGAAGAAUACUUUGAGAGAGCUAUCAUCAGGCAAAAGGUUCCUGGAAAAAGUGAUUGUGAAGAAUGUUUGGAGAAAAAUGCACAGACAUUAAAAGAUAGGGAUUGGAAAGGAAUUAAAUAUUAUGUUUCUAACAUAAUUCAAAGAAACCGAAAGAAGUAG